AAGCAGUUCCGCUACCAGUUGAUUUCUGAGUGCUCAUGCAGAGCGCAACUCACCGUGGCCAUGGUUUGAGAGUUUAUCUUGGGCGGUCCGUGCUACCCCUUCUCAUUGCUAGAUUUUUUUUAGUUUUAGAUUCGUUAAUUUAUCCUUUUUGUACCAGUUGCUUUGAGGUGUGGCGCAAGCCCUCGUAACCCGCAUACCGUACCCUUUUUAGCCGUUUCUCGGUUCGUCUUCUAUCAUCUGAGAUCGCGAGUCUGGUACUCGUUCAAGCGCAUUCGCUGGGUUUUUUGGUUUCCCCGAUAGCCUAAAGACAUUGUUGCAUCGAGCAUUUUCGGCCUCUACCGCAAUGGACGAAUCACGCGUUGGCUUCACGCUUUUUCAGACAGACUGUUCGCAGUCCUCGCUCUACACUCUCCGCAUGCCAUUUGUUACAAGUUCUAGCCCGCAAUCCUCUCCUGCUACUAAUUUGGCCGCUGUUAGCUCGACAACGCCUGCUGACCCGGAGUCCGCAUCUUAUGUGUCCCUAGACCUGUCCGUUCCUUCCUGGUGGCUUCCUAUCGCCCAUGACAUCGCGUUUGCUGGUAAUGCAGCAGAUCUUGCGAAAAUCAAGGCGAAGGAAGCAGGAGCAGCGAAAAAUGACGAGGAUUGCGACGAAUGCUUCCUCGUGCUUGGCGGAACUGUGUUUGACGGGGAUAGACGGCAGGCGGUGCCGGCUACCCGCCUUGAAGUGCUCAACGAGCGGCUCCAACAGAUCGAACGGCGCGCGGGCGCGCUGGAUGAGCUCCUGGUGGCGAUCGAACGGCUGGCGGAGAGUCUGAAAGCGUCGCGAGGUUCAGGGGGCUCGGAAAGGAGUGGAGAUUACAGGAGGAGGGAGGAAAGCGGCGGUGGCGGAAGCGGGAGGAGACGCACGGAUGCGGGGGAAGAGGAUUGGGGGGGGAAUGAGGGGGAUUCGGAAAUGGAUGUCGACAGUGACGGAGGGCUUGGUUAUGGUGACGAUGAUGAUGAUGAUGAUGGGGAUGAUGGGGAUGAUUCCAGUGAUGGGGGUUCUGAUGACGAGGAUGCGAUGGAGGACGAAGAGGAUGAUGGGGAUGACGACUAUGGGUACGACGCGUUUUUAGAGGAGGAUGACGGCAUCCAGUGUGACAAAGACGAGGGGGAGGAUGGCCCGGAUUGGGAGUGGGGAGUGGGGCGAUUUCACUGCGUGUCCUCUGGAGCGGCUGCGGCCGAUUCUGCCACGGAUAGUUUGUCCCUGAUAGAAGCGGAGGCGUUAGAAGCACAGGCGGCGUGCCAUGCCGCGUUCUCCGCCGCACGCAAAGGCAAGAAGAGCCGGCCGAGUCCGAGCGCGGAGCGGGACGACCCGUGGCAGUUCGGCGCGGAGGAAGGGGGCGAGGCGGCGCGGGAGGAGGCGGAGCGCGUGCUGCGGUGGUGCACGGUGCGCAGCGUGGGCAAGCGCGGCAUGGUGCGCUUGCAGAUGGAGGCGGGCGGCAUCGUCAGCAACGCCAGGGCGCUCGCAGCGCUGGGCCUCUCCACCGCCUCCCCCAUCGUCCUCGCCUUGCACUUCCCCGACCACGCCUGGCGCCUCCGCCCCCUCCAAAAGCAGCAGCACCACCACCUCCAUCAGCGCCAUCACCACCAUCAGCAGCAGCAUGGGAGUGGGAGGGAAGCGCAAGUGCCAUCCUUCCCUGAGCCUUCGCGUGUGGUGGUGUCCCAGCCAGCGGCGGAGGGGGGGGAAGGAGGAGAGGUGGGCGGCGGGAAGGCGGAGCAGAGGAGGGAGCGGCGACAGGCGCUGGUGCGAGUGCUGCUGGAGCAGUGCGUGGGGCACUCCAGGAGCAUCAGCACGGACCCCCUCGUCCCCACCCACAACCCUGCCACCGCGGCCAACGGUAGCAAGAGCAGCAGCAACGGCACUGAUGGCAGCACGUGGAGCAGCAAUGCACCUCCCAAGCUGAGCGAGACUGCGAUGCUUGCUGCCUUGAAAAGGCUAGGCGGCUUGGAGCAGGUGAAAUCAGGCGCAGCAGCAUCGGCGUCAGCGCGGCUGGGGUGCAGUGUGCAGGAGGCGCUGGAGGCGCGGGUGCUGCAGGUGGUGGAGGCGGCGGACGAGCGCGUGGGUCGCGAGCCGCCGUGCCGAGUGGGGCUGGACUCGCUUCUGCCCGAUGCCGUCUCUGCCUUCGUCCAGGGGCUGGAGCUGCCCACGCAGAGGGGGGAAGAGAAAGGGGCGGGGAGAAAGGGAGGAGGGGAGCGGGGGGGGGGGAGGGUGGGUGGGAACGUGUUUGUGGGGCUGCUGGUGCACGUGGCGCGGCAGCUGCAGGCGGUGUGCGAGCGGUGUGUGAUCUGUGGGCAGCAGCUGGCGCUGAGGACGCAGCGCGUGCGCCCGUGCACCGCGGACUUCUGCCUCUACCGCUUUGAGGAGCUGGGGCUGGCGUCCGACAGCCUCUCCGAGCUGCGCGCCUUCCCCCUCGCCGUGCACCUCGACGUCACCCUCGCCCUCGCCGCCGCCCAGGCCGGCGCCCGCGACGUCUUUGAGCCCUUCCCCUCCUUCCUCCUCUGCUCCGCCCAGCAGCUCCGCGGCCGCUCCGGCUGGUUCUCCGCCCACUCCACCGCUGCUGCCAACGCUGCUGCUGCCACUGAUGCCAGCGGCGGCAGAAGCAGGGGAGCAGGGGGUGGCGGAGGGAGCGGAGCGGGUGGGGGGUAUGGAGGGGGGCAGGGCACGGGGGAGAGGGCGGAGGAGAGGGGCGGAGUGAGCAACAAGCGGCUGAGCGUGCUGAGCAGCGUGCUGCAGAACCUGCCGCCUCUGGCCGCCCUGCAGCAGUGCCAGUCCGAGUGGGAGCUCAAGCUGCUCCUCGCUGCUUCCUGGAUGCUUCGCUCUGCUGUCGUGCGCAAGGCCCUGCAGGCAGAGGCGGCGGAGAAGGCCAAAGUGGACGACCAGGUGGACGAGAGGGCUAAAGGGGUCGACCUGGCAGACAAGGGCAAAGCGGAAGUUGCAGGGGUAGGCGCCGCAGGGCAGGGAGAGGGGGCAGCUGCUGCAGAGGGAGGGUCAGGAGCAGGGGCAGGAGCAGGGUCAAGAAUAGGAGCAGGAGAAGGAGUAACAGUGGCGAGGGGUGAGAAGGCUGCAGCCGCGUCGGAGUCAGCCACGGCAAAGGCAGCAGCGAAGGGCGGAGGUGGGGGGAUGAGUGAGGAGCAGCGGGUGCUGGCGGACGUGCUUCUGCCGUACCGAGUGCUGCGCUUCGUCGUCAGCACCAGCCGCCUCACCCUCCUCAAUCUCCAGGGCGCGCCAGAGGCCACCGACCAGCCCCCCCAGCAGCCGAACGCCAGGCGCCACAAGAAGCAGCAGCAGCAGCAGCAGCAGCAGCAGCAGCAGCAGCAGCAGCAGCAGCAGCAGCAGCAGCAGGAGCCGGACUCCAUCCCCUUGAGUGUGGGCGUGCAGCCGUCUCUGCUGACCCCCGGCGAGGGGGCGGAGGGGGGCGAGUGGGCGUGCGCGGGGCUGCCCCUGACGGCGUGCCACCAGCUGGCAGUGUUCGCUGACGGGUGCCCCCAGCAGGCCCGCUUCGAGCGCCUGCGCCAAUCCAUGGGGUCCUUCUUCGCCUUCCACGGCAGCGCCACCCUUAACUGGUUCUCCAUCCUCCGAAACGGCCUUCGCAGCAUGAGCAACACGGGUUAUAUGUCGACUGGGGCGGCUUACGGCUCUGGAAUCUACCUCUCCCCUCACUUUUCGACCUCGUUUGCGUAUUCCAACGGGCAUGGGUAUGGGUCGGCUGGGGGCUUCUGCUGUGUGGCGAUCUGUGAGGUGGUGCAUUCGCCUGCGGCUAGGGGGAGGCCGCAGGAGAGGAUUGCGCCGGGGCAGGGGAGUACGAAGGAGGAGAGGAUGUAUGUGGAGGAAACUGUGGUUGAAGGGGGGGGCGGGGUUGGGAAGAGUGGUGGGGAGGAAGGGCAGGGGGAGGGGGAGACAGGAAUGAAUGUGGAUUCUUACCCUAGAAGUGCUUCUGCUGGUGCUGCUGGUGUUUCUGGUGCUGGUGGUGGUGGUGCUGCUGCUGUGGCUGGUUUUAGAGGUGCUCAGCAGCACGAGCAGUUACCGCAGGGGAAUGGAAUCAUAGUGGUGGAUCCGGGGUACGAGGAGCACGUGUGCAUCCGUUUCCUCCUGCUGCUAGCCCCAGGCUUCAACCCUACACAGCACGCCAGUCAGGUCACCGCGAGUGCCUUAGCAGCAGGAGGAGCCGGUGCUGCUGGUUCGGUGAGGGCUCGUGGCCCAUAUUACCAUCAGUCCCAGAUGGAUAUAGUGGAGGGGCGGACGCUGCUGGGAGUGGAUCUGAGGCAGACUCAUGCUCGUGUGUUUGCAGCAUGGCAGACGCGGAGGAGAGAGGCGUUUGAGUGGAGGCAAAAAGAGAGGCUGGUGGCGCUGGCGGGGGAAAGGUCAGAGGAGGAAGAGAUGAGGGAGAGGAAGUGGGAGAAGGAGCGGGAGAGGGAGAGGGAGGAGAGGCAGGAGAGGGUGGGUAAGCAGGGUGCUGGGAGGGCAACGGACAAGAAGAAUGCGACUCCGGGAGCGACGAAUGCGAUUCAGAAGGAGUACCGCAACAUGAUGAGGCUGCAGUCAAGAGGCCACAGCUCGCUCCCGACAGGCUCCUUCACGCUCGGUCUGCCAAUAGAGGACGACCUCUAUGUGUGGCGCAUCCGCCUCUCGCCCCAGGUCUUCAACGACACGCCCUUCCACUCCGAGCUAGCCCAGAUCUGUGCCAGCAGCAGCACAACUGCUGAUGACCCAUCCAGUGCUGCUAGUGCUGCUGGUGGAAGGAGCAGCGGGCGUGGGGGACAGGGGAGUAGUGCGAGUAAAUCUUCUACAGGGGGGAGAGAGGGAGCGGCAGGAGCAGCAGCAGCAGGAGGAGGAGGAGCAGGAGUGGAACUGGAGAUCCGGUUUCCAGGUGGCUUCCCCUUCGACCCCCCAUUUGUGCGGGUCGUGUCUCCCCGCUUUGCCUUCCACACAGGCCAUGUCACUGUCGGCGGUUCUAUCUGUAUGGAGCUCCUUACUCAGUCUGGUUGGUCCCCCGCCUACUCCCUUGAGUCGCUCCUGGUGCAAAUAGUUGCGAAUAUGGCUGCGGGAGGGGCGAGAGUGGAUCCGCUGUAUGUGAAUGCAGGCAGGUGUGGUUGCAGGGAGGGGCCUCAUGCGGGGGGGUGCUAUUCGCUGGCCGAGGCUAAGGAUGCGUUUACUAGAGUGGCGGGGCAGCAUGGGUGGAAGGUGUGACGGGGGGGAGGGUGGAAGAAAGGUGUGAAGGAGGAGGGGUGGAUGGUGGAAUGGGAAGGAGGGAGGAGGAGAGGAGAGAAGACAGGGAGGAGAAUAGAAGAAAAAACAGAGGAGAGGAAUCAGCCGACAGGUGAUGGGUAAGGGGGAAGCAAACCCGAAAGAGCCAAAGAAGGGGGAGAGCCAGGAAAGGGGGGGAGGAGAGGAGGAGAGGGAUUGGAUGACAGGUGAUGGGCAAGGGGGGAGCUGGAAGGGUAGAAGAAGAUUGCAGGCUUGAUUUGCGCGAUGGAGAGGAGAAAUUGUUUCAGGAACCAGGAAAGGAGGGGAGAGGAGAGUUGGGGAAGGGGGAAGGAAGAAAUGGUUAGGUCAAGAGAGCGGUGGUAUGCAGCUAGGUGCUAUUUGCAUGGAAAGGCAUGAGGUGUCCAUGUGAGGGUGUGCGGAGAGCAGUAAAUGAGGUGUUGGUGCCAGCAGAUCAAUGGAUUGGAACAGCUUUAUUUGUGCUACAAUGCUCUUUCGCUGUUCGACUUGCUCUGGGCUCUUUUUAUGUAAAUAAAGGUUUGUGUUACUG